AUGGCAACGAGGAUACCGCACCCCCUGGAGCCCUACCUCGCCCUCCCGCCGGAGUGCGCGCAGAUCCUGCUCACCAGCGUCCUCGGCGCCAGCACGAACUGGCUCGUCCUGCGGUACCUUUACUCCUACCUCCGCCGCCCGACAGAGGACGCGCCCGCUGAAGACACGCGCGUGGUCCUGGUCAGCUUCAUGCGGGACUUUGCCUUCUGGAAAGAGGGCGCGGGCAGAUUGGGCCUCGACCUCGAAACCCUCGGGCGCAGCGGGAAAUUCGUCUUCGUCGACGGGCUGAGCGGGCUCUUCUCCAAAACCGCGCCGCCUCCGACCAAGGGCCGGAGGACGCUCCGCGGCGCGAAGAUACCCGACGUCCAGCGCGAGCUCGAGGCGGCGGUCGCGGACGUGAGCGGCGGCGGCGGCAAGGUGGUUUUGGUGGUCGACCAGCCUGAUUUCCUCCUCGCCGCGACCGGGGAGGAGGUCGGCGGGCUGGUGGUGAAGAACAUGCUGCUCGAUUUACAAGAGAAGGUGCACGCCUCGAUUGUGACCGUUGCGGCGGACGAGCCGCUCGUUGGCGCGCAGGCGACGACGUUGGAGAAGGAGCAUGCGAGCUUCGUGCUGGGGCUGGCGCACGCUGCGGAGAUGGUGGUUGGGUUGAGGCUGUUGGACACCGGGACGGCGAGGGAUGUGAGUGGUGUUUUGAGGGUCACAGCGGGAGGGGAUGGGGAGAGGACGGUUGAGGAGGCGGAGCUGCUGUACUUUGUGGGUGGUGACGGCAGCGUCAAGGUGUUUGGACGGGGGCAGUAA